AGAAGAAUUCCUGGACGGAACCUUUGACGGGUGGUUAGUUGUACUUUACGGAAACAACGUAGUGUAACACACAAUGUCUCUGGUGGAAGCACACGCGUGGGACUCCGGUGACAGCAUGGCUCUUUGGUCUGAAGGCAAGGUUGACCAGAGUGAUUCUGAAGGUGAAAGAGUGAAUGAUGAAGAGAAAGAAGAGGAUGAAAAUGAACAUAAUGAAGAUGUCAGCACUGGAUGGGCUGAAGCCAUGGCAAAGAUCCUCGGGAAGAAAACCACGAGCGGCAUCCUGGAGAAGAACAAGGAGCUGGAAAAGAUGAAGGCAUCAGAGAGACAGGAGCAGCUGGAGAGAAAGAAACAGGCUGACGAGAAGAAAGCGUGGGAGCAGAUGUGCAGGGAGAAACCUGACAUAGUGAAGGACCGCGAGACUGAGAAAGCAUUACAGAGAAUUGCUACAAGAGGGGUGGUGCAGCUGUUCAACGCUGUGAGGAAACACCAGAAAACUGUGCAGGAAAAGGUGAAGGAUGCUGGUGGAUCAGACAGGAAGAAGGCAAAGAUCCUUUGUUCUGUCUCAAAGAAAGACUUCAUCGAUGUGCUGAGGAGGGAAGACGGAGGUGUCCGAGCAACGGGCAAGACCGAAAAGGAUGCUGUCGUUGCCGUGGAGAAGCCUGCCUGGACUGUUCUCAGAGAUGACUUCAUGAUGGGAGCCACAAUGAAAGACUGGGACAAAAGCAGUGACCAGGACGAGCCACAGGAGGGAAACAGUGAGGCGGCGAUUCAGAUCUGACAUCAGCCGUGCACACUGAAAGGCUGAGCUCAAAGACUGUCUGGGAAAAACAAACAGGAGACCCUGAACUGAAAAGACGAGCUUUAGCGUCAGCACAUGCCCGUGCACGCACACGUGCACCGCUGCGUUGGAGAUAUACAGUUUUAUAUUUGUUGCUGAAUAUAUUUUGACAGGUGACUGUGAAACAUACUGAACGUGGACUGUAGCAGAGAACAUGUUAAACUACACAUUUCUUCACAGAUUCAUUCAAAUGCAAAACUGUUUCAGUUUUUUUGUUGACACUGGAGAAAUGGAUCCUUCAUGUUAACAGUUUUCUAUUCAACAAUAAAUGUGUGCAUGCUGGUGUAUGCUACACGCUCACAGGUGGAACAGCCAUGGCAGCUACAUCAGCUGCUUUCAGACUGAUUUUAGUACACGAGUCGAGCAGUGGCAUCUCAGUGUGGCUACAUUGGUAAUCAUGAGUUUCCACAGGCCAAGCAGGGGGUGUGGCAACCGCAAAACUCAGAAACCAGUCUUACUUGUUAUCAUCUAUCGUCCACCUGGGCCUUACACAGAGUUUCUCUCUGAUUUCUCAGACUUUUUAUCUGAUUUAGUGCUCAGCUCAGAUAAAAUAAUUAUUGUGGGUGAUUUUAACAUCCAUGUAGAUGCUAAAAAUGACAGCCUCAACAUUGCAUUUAAUCUGUUAUUAGACUCAAUUGGCUUCUCUCAAACUGUAAAAGAACCCACCCACCACUUUAAUCACACUCUAGAUCUUGUUUUAACAUAUGGCAUAGAAACUGAACAUUUAACAGUGUUUCCUGAAAACCCUCUGCUGUCUGAUCAUUUCCUGAUAACAUUUACAUUUACAAUAAUUGAUUACACAGCAGUGGAGAGUAGACUUUAUCACAGUAGAUGUCUUUCUGAAAGCGCUGUAACUAAGUUUAAGAAUAUAAUCCACCCACUGUUAUCAUCUUCAAUGCCCUGUACCAACACAGAGCAGAGCAGCUACCAACAAUGGUCUAAAAAAUU